UUAACCUUCUUUCUACCAGCCAUCAUCCAUAAACAGUGUCAUACACAUACCUAUUCAUUUCACAUUUGCUUUCCCUUUACUGUUCUCUCUCUCCCUCUGCUUUCCUUCAUUGCAAACCAAGCUUCCUUUCCAGCUUGUUCUGGUCCUGCCCUCAGACACAACACCCACCAACCAUUUCACUGCAUUUACUCUUUCUUCUCUCCAAAAGUAGUAGUAACAGUUGCCCACUCUCUCAAACUCUCAUGGCCCCACUUUUUACCUAUUAGUGUGCCACUUCAUCUUUUGCUGCGUCUGGAUUCUGCUGUAGGGUAUGUGUGUUGCCCAGCAUCGGGCAUUUUUUGCACAUUGAGUCUCUUGUCGGUUCAAAAUGAGGUGUGAAACCUGUUGCUUCUUUGGGUAGAAGAUUCAGGAGUUUAGCUACCUUGGAUCACUACAAAGAUGUGUGUUUCAAGGCCUCGAGUAAGGGGAAUGGAGUACUUAACUUGAAUCCUGUACUUGGGUGGGAAUGUCUAGGUUCUACCAGCUGAAGAACUUGUGGGGACGCCAUUGAUUGACUUGGUACAACCAAUUAUGUCAUCCAACAGUUCUUUGAAAGGGGAAUUGACAAAGAAGACUCCAUUUUUGGGGUUGAGACGAUGGGUUUUGAUUGGAGUAGGUGUUGGUGCAUUUAUAGUGCUUAUUCUUUGUAUAUUAUCGAUAUGGGUGAUGUUUCGGAGAAAGUCUAGGAGAUCUUUGGACAAGUAUUCUGUAUCCCAAAUACCAAAUGUCUCAAAAGAUAUCGACGUUGACAAGGUUGGGGUGCAGAGUUCUCUUGUUCAACCAGAAAAUGUGCUUAUGCCUAUUGUUCAUAACAUGACAAGUGAUAAGAAUUCAGAUAAUAUAUCAGUUCAUUUAGGUAACAGCAAAUCUGGGGAUCCUGAUAAUAUCAGUCAGUGCAGCUCAAUUUAUCAUCAUGAGAGAGGAUUUAGUUCAAUGUCAGCUGAAGAAGGAAGCUCUGGGAAUGUUAAGAAACAAUCCACAUUGUCAAAUGGAGGGUUGGCUACUGCCUCUCCAUUAGUUGGCCUGCCUGAAUUUUCUCAUCUUGGGUGGGGCCACUGGUUUACACUCAGAGAUCUGGAAAUGGCAACCAAACGAUUCUCAGCUGAGAACAUUAUUGGUGAGGGUGGAUAUGGGGUUGUUUACAAGGGAAUACUGAUUAAUGGAAUUGAGGUGGCAGUGAAGAAGCUUCUUAACAACUUGGGACAGGCUGAGAAAGAAUUCAGGGUUGAAGUGGAGGCUAUAGGACAUGUUAGACAUAAGCAUCUCGUACGCCUUCUCGGAUAUUGUGUAGAGGGAGUUCAUAGGCUGCUUGUGUAUGAAUAUGUGAACAAUGGUAACUUAGAACAGUGGUUACAUGGAGACAUGCACCAACAUGGGACACUUACUUGGGAGGCCCGCUUGAAAGUUAUACUUGGCACAGCCAAAGCGCUUGCUUAUUUACAUGAAGCAAUAGAACCAAAGGUUAUUCAUCGGGACAUAAAGUCUAGCAACAUAUUGAUUGAUGAUGAGUUCAAUGCAAAGGUUUCUGAUUUUGGCUUGGCCAAACUUUUGGAUUCGGGAGAAAGUUACAUAACCACAAGAGUAAUGGGAACGUUUGGUUAUGUGGCACCAGAAUACGCUAACAGUGGUUUGUUAAAUGAGAAGAGUGACAUUUACAGCUUUGGUGUCCUCUUGCUGGAAGCAGUUACUGGAAGGGAUCCUGUAGACUAUGCUCGUCCUGCCAAUGAGGUUAAUCUGGUUGAGUGGCUCAAAAUGAUGGUAGGAACAAGAAGGGCUGAAGAAGUAGUGGACUCAAACCUUGAAGUUAAACCACCUUUGCGUGCUUUGAAACGAACUCUUCUGGUUGCACUUAGAUGUAUUGAUCCUGAUGCUGACAAGAGGCCCAAAAUGAGUCAAGUUGUGAGAAUGCUUGAAGCUGAUGAAUAUCCAUACCGAGAGGAUAGAAGAAACAGAAAAAGUGGCACUGUCAACAUGGAAAUUGAAACUGCGAAGGAUAUUUCGGGUCCAUCUGACGCUGAAAGGAUGGGGCAUACUGAAACAACUCAAGGAUAGAAAUUGAUAACUCCAUGGCUUAACUUGCAUGUACAAUUCCCGUUGUACACGUUAUAGUAACUUAUCUAUACCACGUAUCUCCAACUAUAUGCCCCCAAGAAAAUUUUGAUGCAUUUGGAUAAUGAAGGUUUUGUUUUUUGUUUUAAAUUGAAUGUUGCCAUUGAAGAUAUGACACAGUAACCUUGCAAAGAGGAUUGAAUGAACAUAGGUGGUGAGUGUUAGUGUUGUACAGAUGUAUGUGGGGUCUGUCUUCUUGCAUGAUUGUUCAUUUAUUUUAUUUUAAUUCCCUUGACAUGGUCGCAUGCUGCUGGAGAGUGGCUAUAGUGAAAGAGAAACGAAUAUUUGGCUUCA